GCCCGCCCGCGCGCGCCUAACGGUCCGCGCCCGCCGCGCCGCCGCCCCGCGCGGGAGGAGGAGGAUGAGGGAGAUGAAGCAGCGGAGGAAGAAGGAGCGCACGUGGGCCGAGGCCGCCCGCCUGGUGCUGGAAAAUUACUCUGAUGCUCCUAUGACCCCGAAACAGAUUCUGCAGGUCAUAGAGUCUGAAGGACUAAAGGAAAUGAGCGGCACCUCCCCGCUGGCCUGCCUGAACGCCAUGCUGCACUCCAACUCCCGCGGGGGCGACGGGCUCUUCUACAAGCUGCCGGGACGCAUCAGCCUCUUCACACUCAAGAAGGAUGCCUUGCAGUGGUCCCGGAACCCGCCCGUGCCAGAAGGGGAGGAGCUGGAGGACACAGCGGAUGCUGAAAGCUGCGGGUCCAACGAAGCCAGCACUGUGAGUGGGGAUAAUGAUGUGUCUCUUGAUGAAACCUCCUCCAACGCCUCCUGUUCCACUGAAUCCCAGAGCAAGGGACCUGCUGCUGCCAGGGAGAGCCACAGAGCUGCCUCCCAGACAGCCAAACAGAAGAAGAAGACAGGUGUGAUGCUGCCACGUGUGGUCCUGACACCACUGAAAGUAAACGGGGCACACAUGGAAUCUGCCUCUGGCCUCACAGGCAGACACGCCGACGGGGAGAGCAGCAGCACGUCCAGCAGCAGCAGCAGCUCCUUGGCCCUGUGCAAAGCCACCCUGCGCAGCCGGGCAGAAAUAAACAGGGACCCCCCGCAGCUCCUGAGGGGCAUCAGGAAGCCCACAGCUGGGCAAAUGAAACGCAACCGGGGUGAGGACAUUGACUUUGAAACACCCGGUUCCAUCCUGGUCAACACGAACCUGCGAGCUCUGAUCAACUCCAGAACCUUCAACGCGCUCCCGUCGCACUUCCAGCAGCAGCUCCUCUACCUCCUGCCAGAAGUGGAUAGACAGGUGGGGGCUGAUGGGCUGAUGCGCCUCAGCGGCAGCGCCCUGAACAACGAGUUCUUCACCCACGCGGCGCAGAGCUGGAGGGAGCGGCUGGCGGAUGGUGAAUUCACCCAUGAGAUGCAAGUUCGAAUUCGGCAGGAGAUGGAAAAGGAGAAGAGGGUGGAGCAGUGGAAAGAGAAAUUCUUUGAGGACUACUAUGGACAAAAGUUGGGCUUGACCCAAGAAGAAUCCCAGGAGCAGAAUUUGGUGCAGGAAGAUGCUGAGAACAGGACAGGACUGUCGGCUAAAGGGGAGGCCCGGCCGGCGCGCGGCCCCGCGGCGCGGCAGAGGGACGGGCGCUUCCGUCGGCGCUCGCGGACCGACCUGCGCUGCCGGGCCCGGAGGAGCCUCUACAGGCUGCGGGAGCCUGAGCAGACAGAGCCUGCCAAGGAGCCUGCUCCUGUGGAGCCAGAUUCCUCUCUUCAUAAAGAGCCAAAGCCUGAGGUAGACCUGAAGAAAGAUGCUCUGGCAAGCCCUUCGGCUGCGGUGGUGAAGCCAGAGAGUUCAGAAUUGCACCGCUCUCCAGAGACUUCCGAAUUGCACAGCACGUCGGAAGAUCUGUUGUUGGCAGCUGCAAACAGAAUUCCAGGUUUGCCCCAGGAGAACUCUGCCCAGGAGCCCAAGGACCAGAAGAGGAAAUGCUUCGAGGAGGCUGCCUCUGCGUCCUUCCCCGAAAAGAAGCCCCGGCUUGAAGAUCGUCAGUCCUUUCGUAACACAAUUGAAAGUGUUCACCCAGAAAAGCCACAGCCUACUAAAGAGGAGCCAAAAGUCCCACCCAUCCGGAUUCAACUUUCACGUAUUAAACCACCCUGGGUGGUUAAAGGUCAGCCCACUUACCAGAUAUGCCCCAGGAUCAUCCCCAGCACGGAGCCCUCCAGCCGGGGCCGGGCUGGGGCCAGAACCCUGGCAGACAUCAAGGCCCGAGCCCUGCAGGCACGAGCCCAGCGAGAAGCCGCUGCCAUCGGGGGCGGGGGCGGCCCCGGCGGAGGGAGGAGCACGGACACAGGAGGGGGUGGAGGAGGAUCCCGCAGCCGUGCAGAGCACAGGAGAUCCAGGAGAAGUCGUGGAAAGCGUUCGUCAGAUCUACAGCGAACACAAUUACUGCCGCCUCUCCACCUGAGCGGGGAAAAGCCCAACUCUGAGGUGGCUGCACAGGAGGCGAACACGAAUCCCUUGCUCUCCUCCAGAGAAGACCCCUUGUCCUCAAAGAGGGAGGGAAGUGGUGGUGUGGAGAGUGCCACGGGCACUAGACCAGGGGAAGCUCAGCCUGGCCGUGGUUGCCCUGGGAGGCAGAUCUGUGAGGCUUGGACUGGGUUGUCCCUGGACAGCGCAACUUGUGAGAGGCAGCAGGAGAGCCCAGAGCAGCUCCUCUGUGAGCCACGGACUGAAGCCCCACCUUGUUCUGCACCACAGGAGAGGCAGAACCCAAAGCUGAAGCAUGUGGCUCCUCCAGUCAAUGGCCCAUCCUGCUCCCAGAGGCAGGGAUCUGUCGUCAGUCCCAUGGGAGAGGGGUCUGUGCUCCAAGAUGUCUGUGCUCCUGCUGUGCAGCUGGAUUAUCCCUCUGACGUAAAGGAAGAUUCCUCCAGUUGUCCUGCUCUUCUGCCAAAAUUGUCGUCAGUUGGUAAAGAACAACACCAUGAGCCAGAAAUGGUCAUGAGCUUCAGAUUUAAUGGUUCUGAAACAUUUGUGGAAAGAUGUGUGGCUGAUGGCGGUAACUCCAAGGCAGCAAGUUCUGGAGUGGAGAGCAUGGUCUCUGCUCUGUGUAACUGCUCCCACCCAUGGGCAGAGAGCAUGAGUGGGGACAAACCAGGUCCUGAGGAGUUGGAUGCAGAGUCCCUGGUAAAGCCUUCUUCACACGAUGACUUUGUAUCUCAGAACAGGAUGGAUGCUGCUGAAAAACUGCAGCUGAGGGAGGAGUGCCCCAGAACAGCACCAGAAAGUGCACAACAGGCAUCGAAAGAGACUGGAGAGCUCAAGACAAAGUGGGAUGAGGAGGUGCAGAGCACACACAGUGGAACAACAGACACUGCCUCAGAUUUUGAAGGUGAUGGAGCUGAUGAGAGUGUGGAGAUGGAUUUGUGUUUCAGGAGUGUCAGCUGCAGGGAGGUGACUGGAAAAGACUCCUCCUGUCACAGCAGCUCGGAGAGAUGUGGCAGGAUUAGAUCCAAAUCACCGGUGGAACCAGGUAGUCUGGUCCCUGGAGGGGACUUCCCUGCCGUGUCAGCAGUGGGGGCUGCUCCUCCAUGGGCACCACAGGCACCAUCGCCCCCCAAACCCGAGCGGCCAGUGGGUCCUGCCCGGCCUGUGUCUUCUGUUGAAACCAACAACCCUUUGGUGAUGCAGCUGCUCAAGGGGAACCUUCCACUGCAAGAAGUUCUCCCAGUAUCUCACACCAACAUCAAGCUGGAGAUUGCACAGCCAGGGCUGGACAAGCAGCCAGAAAGCCUCUCCCUGCAAAUGGAGAGGGGCAGCAGUUGCUAUUUUGGCAAAGGAUCUUCUCCGGAUGUGGGAAUAAAGACAAGUGCCCUAAGCAGGAGCGAUGACUUCCACGUGGUGAGAUCUUCCAAAGAUCCCCAGGGAACAAUGUGUGGAUCAGGGGCAGCAUUGCCUAGCACAGGAGAUGCAGAGGGUCAGUCUAUUCCAGAAAAACAUUCCAAAGUUGGCUUGACUUUAAGCUGCCAAGAUCAACUGGCAAAUGUGGCAAGUGCCUCUCAGAAGCCUGAAGAUGUGGGCCCUCAGGAAAGAACAUUUUCUUCCUGUAGCUUUGAGGAACAGAAGGAAUUGUCCAAGGUCCAUCGGGUGCCACAGCACAAGCCAGUGACAAGUGUCAUCACAAAUAAAAGUCCAGAGAAGCUGAAGACCUCUACAGAGCCUCAGUUUGUAUCUCCAGCUGUAACUGCUCUUGGUCCAAAUCAGACGGGAGGUGCAUCAGUCAACAAAACUUACGGAGUGCAAGGCAAAAAACUCUUUGGUUCUGGUUUCCCUCACAACCCCAGUGUCCGACUGCAUCACUCCAGGGCUUUGGAUCUGGUGUCGGCCUUGGGAACCUUGUCCCCCAGCAAACAGGUCCCUCUAAACAAGAGCCAUGCACCAGGAGAAGGAAUGCCAGCUGCAAGGGAGGAAUGGACUUCAAAGCAGCACGUGGGAACCCUGGGAGGAAUUAAAACGGAGAAGGUGCUGGCGUGUGCCAGCCCGGCCAAGAGCAACGCGGAGAACCGGCAGGACGCGGCGCCCGGCCCCGCCGAGCAGAGCCAGGCUCUGCAGGGUGUUCCCCUGCUGGGGGACUUGCCGUUCCUUAAGUUUUCAAGGGAACCAGGAAAAGGACACAGUCACCCUUUGGAGCCUUCCUCCAUACCCUCCCAGCUCAAUAUCAAGCAAGCGUUUUAUGGGAAGCUUUCUAAGCUGCAGCUUAAUUCCACCAGCUUUAAUUAUUCAUCCAACACUCCAGCUUUUCCCAGAAGCCUUGCUGGGAGCAUGAUGCAGCUGACCCACAAAGCGAACUUUGCUGCCAGCCACAACUCGUCCCUCUCUGUGCAGAUGUUUGCUGAUGGCAGCAGCGUCGACGAGAUCUCCUUCAAGUGCUCGUGCAGCCUGAAAGCCAUGAUCAUGUGUAAGGGCUGCGGGGCCUUCUGUCACGAUGACUGUAUAGGACCCUCUAAGCUUUGUGUAUUGUGCCUUGUGGUGAGAUAAUAAAUUAUGGCCAUGGGACAAACUGUACAUUCAGUGUGUGUAUUUUGAUAACGACUGAUCCUCAAACCUGCACGCAAGAUGCUCUCCUGUUGAUAGUAGAAGUGCUGCCACACUCCAGUGUGGUGAGGAAAGUUGACUGGCCUUCCCAUGGAAAUCUCCAGUGCGGAACCUGUCCUUGCCCACGGUUACACUCCGGCCUCAUUGGGCUGUGCCCCCUGGAGCGACCCUCCUGCUUCGUGCCAUCGUGGGAACACGGACGGUGCCUGGGACAUGCGCCGAGGCGGCACCGGCAGUUUGCUGUGGCAUCCAAGGACCCUCUGCCCAGGAAACCUUUACAUCCAAAGGAACUGGAACAGGGUGUGUUCAAUUCAGGACUGUGCUAGGUGAGGCCCUACAGUCUUCCACUCUCCCCUCCUGCCAUCGCCAUUCCCAGUUUGUGUGGGAAUUCCUGCUGUGCAGCAACGUGAGCACGGAGCUGCUCCGGCGCGACAGUUCUGCAGGGCCUGUGGGCACUGCUGGAGCCCAGUGGAGGUCCCUGCAGUGGGGGGGAGGGCACAGCUCAGCGGGUGGAUGGAGCCCACCCGGAGGAUGCACGGAGAGGAAAAAUGUGGCAGGUGCCAGGGGAAUGUCUUCUGCUGGUCUGCAGGGCAGGGUGUGCAGGAGCUCCAUGCCCGGCCCACCCGCCGUGACUCCCCUGGUGGCCGAGCUGCCACCACCCAGCAUGGAGCUCCGAGGAGCUCUUUGAUGAGACCACUGAGCUCCACCUUGCAGCCCAGCAAUGAGGACCUUAACACAGGAACACCUGACCACUUGCAAGCAUCUAGCUGUGCAUCUGUGUGACCAUCAUCUGACAUUUAAAGCAGUGUUUUUUCCUUUUUUUUUUUUUAAUAUUUUCAUUUUUGGAUGUAUAAAGUGAAUUAUUUGGCUCCUGUAAGUAUCCUCUAUGCAUCUGUUUGAUCAUGUAUUUAUAUGUUGUACACAGUACUGGCCAACUGUAAAUGGAUGUAAUGUACAUAGAACAUAAAGGGUUCUUUUUUUUCCUUGGGUUUCCAGGCUCUACAGCAGUAUUGCAUUAAAGUGGUGUUAGUUAUUGAGCUGCAGCUGUAGUCAGAGCCACUGUGUUCUGUCCUGCCUAAGGUGAGGCCCAAGGUGUCUCUGGGCUCCGUGUGGUGCCCGUGAUCAUGGGGUUUGCCAGGGCAGGUGCCAGCACUGCUCCCUGCUCCAAGCUGUUCCCAGCUGCUCUUGGAGCUGAGUUAGAGUGUGGCUGGAGCUGCCUUCCAAGUUGAACAUCCUUGUGUAUCCACAGAUGGAGAGCAAAAAUGUGACUCUUCCUGUAUGGAGCAAUGGCUUCUCCAGAGUGAGUUGCUCCAGUGGGAGCAGUGGGCUGUGUGGUUCAGCAGCCAGUACCAGAGUUGUAGGGGUUUAUUUUUACUUUUUCUUGUCCCUUUUCUAGCUCUCUCCUACCUCCCUUCACCAUGCACUUUUCCUUUUUAACCGUACAAGUCCCUGUUUGAGAUGCAAGCCUGAGGGAUGCAACAAGUUUAGUCUCUGAAAUGGUUUUAUCCUUCGUGCACCUGACAGCCUCAUGCUGGGGGAAGGAGGGAGAGCCCAGCACCCCAUGUGCCCGCGCUUGGGACCUGCUACCAAAGAUGGGAGCGGAGCUGGGGUCCUGCUCUGCUUCCCCUGGGGCCACUGUCGUGUACAGCUUGAAACAGUCUGGUUUGCAGAGCCCUCCGGGGCCCUGCUCGUGUAUGUCCCUUGUGGUAUUGGAAAAAUAAACACGCGGUAAAACCUGCA